UUUCCCCAUCAGGUGAUCAAUCAACCGCCCGCGUUUUUGGGAUAUCAUUACUCGAACUUCAACGCGCCGAUUCGUUUUCAAUUAACUCAAAAUGCAGAGAGGGAUACCGGGGAUGCAACCCACUGUGAUUCUGUUGAAAGAGGGCACAGACACAUCGCAGGGAAAGGGUCAGUUGUUAUCGAAUAUCUCUGCAUGCUUGGCGAUUGCAGACACGCUCGCUACAACACUUGGACCACGCGGGAUGGAUAAGCUCAUUGUGAAUGAACGCGGCGAAACUCAAAUAACGAACGACGGCGCGACGAUUAUGAAGCUGCUGGAGAUCGUGCAUCCUGCGGCGAAAACUCUGGUGGAUAUCGCGCGCGCUCAAGAUGCUGAAAUUGGUGACGGGACUACAAGUGUUGUGAUUCUGGCAGCGCACAUGUUGAAGGAGGUGCGCGACUUCGUUGAGGAGGGCGUCAGUCCGCACCUCAUCAUGAAAGGUUUCCGAAUAGCUGCCCAACUGGCGAUUGAUCGGAUGCGUGAAAUUCAAGUCAAAGUCGACAAGUCUAACACCGAACAAUUCCGCUCGCUUCUUCUGAAGUGUGCAUCCACAUCUAUGUCUUCAAAACUGAUUCAUUCACAAAAACCAUUCUUUUCGAACAUGGUCGUUGAUGCAGUGUUGAGCCUUGAUCAAGAUGAACUAGAUGAAUCGCUGAUCGGUGUGAAGAAAAUACCAGGGGGUGGCAUGCAGGACUCCCAAUUGAUCCGUGGGGUCUCAUUCAAAAAAACGUUCACCUAUGCAGGUGCUGAACAGCAACCAAAAUCAUUCAAGAAGCCCCUCAUUCUGUGCCUGAAUGUCGAGCUUGAGCUCAAAGCUGAAAAGGAUAAUGCGGAAGUACGCAUCGAACAAGUUUCUGACUAUCAGGCCAUUGUCGACGCAGAGUGGACUAUAAUUUUCCGCAAGCUGGAGCUCAUUCAUAAAACUGGUGCUCAAAUUGUCCUCUCAAAGCUUCCGAUUGGCGAUCUCGCCACCCAGUGGUUCGCUGAUAGAGGAAUUUUCUGUGCUGGCCGUGUUCCAGCGGGCGAUCUCAAGCGGGUGGUGCAAGCAGUCGGAGGAAGUAUUCAGAGUACAUGCUCGGAUAUCGAGCGCAAGCACCUUGGAACAUGUGGGAGGUUCGAGGAGCGACAGAUUGGGAAUGAAAGGUAUAACAAUUUCGAGGAGUGCCCGCAGGCAAAAACAUGCACAUUGUUGCUCCGAGGAGGCGCAGAUCAAUUUAUUGAAGAAGUCGAGCGCAGUUUACACGACGCUAUCAUGGUUGUGAAAAGGGCCAUUAAAAAUAGUGAAAUCGUCGCAGGAGGCGGUGCUGUAGAGAUGGAUCUCUCGGCUCAUAUUCGGAAUCAUGCUCGAACUAUUCCAGGAAAAAUCCAGCUAAUUCUGACCGCAUAUGCUCGUGCCCUGGAAAUUAUUCCUCGCCAGAUAUGUGACAACGCUGGUCUGGAUUCCACUGACAUCCUCAAUCGCCUUCGCCAGCGGCAUGCUAUGGGAGAGACUUGGGCGGGGAUAGAUGUUGAAGGUGAAGGAGUGCGAGACAAUCUGGCAGCAUUUGUGUGGGAGCCGAGUCUGGUGAAGUCAAAUGCGAUAGGGAGUGCGACUGAGGCCGCAUGCUUGAUACUGAGCAUUGACGAAACAGUCAAAAACCCACAGAGUGAAGCGCAAAAUCCCGGCCCGCAGGUUUCACAGCAACAGGCAGCGCGUGCUUUACGUGGACGGGGGCGAGGCAUUCCCAGGCGGUGAUCGAUGCGAAGGUAUUCGCGCUUGCAUAUCGCAUCUGUAUACCUAUCUUUCAGUACAG